CAGCCGGCAACCAUGGAGGAUUCCUCCAACGUGUCGAAGUUGUCCGCCACCGCCCACAGGCUAGGAAGGCGGCGAACGAGCGUGUGGGACAGAAACACCGUAAGGAAACGUCUGUGGAAGUUUCUGUUAUUACUGCUAGCUGUUAAACUUUAGGUAAUAGCACUAUUUGAAGUCAUACACUGUAGACAUGUUUUCUUUUAUCUACAAUUGUAGAGGCUGAAGAUUUUUGUGAAUCGUGUUCAAAUGUGUUAUCAAUGAAUUGCUUUUUAGAUUGUGACUGCUUUCACAGGUUCAGUUCCUUUGAAAUGGUUUGGGAUGCUCAUGAACUGGCUCAGAUAGCAAUUUCUUAAUAUAUAUAUAUUAAUAUAUAUAUAUAUUUGUGUGUGAAUAUAUAUAUUGUAUGUGUGGUGUAUGCGUAUGUAUAUAUUAUAUAUAUAUAUAAAUUCUCUUUUAAGAAGACCUGUAAUGAGCAGGUAAAGGCUAACUCUUCAGAGUUUUGAGUUUCAGAUUAGGAGAGUCCACAACCUGAGUGGAACUUGUCUACUUACAUCUUAGUGCAGUAUCAGAACUAUUUAGAGCUCAAAUUGUUGAUAUUAAUCUUUUUUUUUCUAGAAAUAUUAAAUACUUUCCUGGAUAUUUUCCUGUUCAGCAUACUGUAGGGAACCUGCUUUGUCAGGGGAGUUGGAUGUUGUGACCCCCCUCCGAGAUCCCUUUUAACACCUACGAUUCUGUGAUGUGGUAACAACACUUGCAGGCAGUUUGCAUAAGGGCUGCCAGCAACCUAAAUAGCUUUUAGCAGAAUUAAUCUAAUGUUAAGGAAACAGGAGAUAUAGGCGUAGGUAAUGUCUUUCAUGUUAACAUGGCUAAUGUUUAAGUGACAUCAUAGAAACUAUUUUGCUUCCCUUAUUUUCAGACUCCUCUGGCUGAAAUACUUGUGAGCCUCUGAGUAAUGUAUCUUCUCAAGAAAUUUGUACUAGAUUUUUGCGUUACCCAUGUUUGUUCUAUUUGUUCUGUUCCUUUUAGUGUAAGCCCUUCACUAGGGUUUUAUACCCUCUUCGUGCUCUCUCCUUAAAGGUAGCUGGUAACUUUCUCUGGUUUAAAUUCUCUCUGUAGUCAGGAAGUAGAGCAAGGGACUGAGGAACUGGGGAUACUGGGAAGUGGAUACAAGGUAGCUGGUGUGGAUGACUGCUGACUGUGGCUUUUGUUGCAAUCUCACUGGUUCUGUGCGCUUUUGUCAUCUUACUGUUCAAUGGUUGUGGUUUAAGCCAACCAUGGAGACAGCAGGUGGUGACGCCAGUUUGUAUCAUUAGACCUGCAGCUUGUAUUUGCGGAAGGUCAAAUUUUGUUUUUGUAUUGAAGAGAAUUAUGUUACAGAAUCUGGGUGGGGAGAAGAUCUGGAUCUUCACAGUUCUGAGGACUCACAAAAAGAAUUGCUAUCCCGCUUUUAAGUUCCAAUCAAAAUGACAAAGCUUGCACAUUGAAGUACAUUUUAAAUUAGCAGAUGAAGACGUUAACUCAUAAAACAUUUGCUUAAUAGGACAAGUAAAAUUUCCUAGUAAACAAACCAAAUGUGUAUUUUAGGUUUUGUGUACAAUGUUUGAAUGAGAAUCUUGAAAGUCUUGAGCAGGGAUUUGUGGAAUUUUCCUCUAAACCCAAAGUGGAUUUUGGGUACUAGUAUGGCACAUUUUUUUGUUUUGUUUUGUUUUUUUUUUAAGCUGAGGUUAAGUACAAACUUAAUUUUAGUUUGUGUAAAAGAAAUGAAAAUUGAGCAGAAGGAAAGUACUAUUCUACUUUUCAGUGAAGGUAGUGGUCUCAAAACAGCCUUAAAAAAAGCUAUGAGUCUUCCGUGACACACUCCUAGACUGUUUUGUUGUUGUUGUUCCCUCUUAUGUACUCCCACAAGGUAUUUUCUAGAAGCCAUUAAACACUAGAUCAUUGAUAUGUAAUGCAGUUUUUUCUUAUUUUGCACAGAUGAAAGGAAAGACGAAGCUAUCAAAUUAUGAAGGCUUAGCCCCUAUGAAAGAAGAGUGUUUCAGUGCAAAAAUAAAAUAUCUUAAUACGUACAGACUGGAACCAUAUAAUAAAUUUCAGGAUCGGUUAGUAAGAGACAAAGCUCAAGCAAUAUUAACGAAUAAACUUCAACAAGCCAAAUAUGAUGCAGAUUCUAGUCCAUCCUUGUGUGCUUCACUCUCAGAAGAAAUAUUAAAGGCUACAAAGGAAAUGGGCUUUGACCGUUAUAAGUACGUGGUAACAGUGCUAAUUGUGGAAAAGGCAGGUCAAGCAAUAAAUGUCGCCAGUAGAUGGGUCUGGGAUGCUCAAAGAGACACCUGGAUUUCGGCUAAAUACGAAACUGAAACAUUUAUUGCACUGGCUUUGAUAACAGCUUGUUAUUACGAGUGACACUCCCAAGAUGACGCACCUGCUUCUGUGCAGCACAGUACUUGGUAUAUUUGAAAAUUUUCGGAACAUCCACUUACCAACAGCAUCAGUCCAAAGUCUAGCACAAAAAUAACAAACCUGAUGUGAUAGUUGAGAAAAUUUUGACCACUUUGCUUUGUAAAAAUAACUUCUGAAAUGUGUAAGGUUGAGUACAUAUGGGCUUCGUCUGUUGUAGCACUCUGCUGUGAAAGUCGGAGCAACUGGUGGAAAGUUGAACUUCAGUAAAUUCUGAAUGCUGCUUGUCUGUUGUGUGCAUUGAGUUGUUAAUGAAUACUUAGAAUAAAUUGUAGGUGAUGGUU